GCCCUGGUCGCGAGUCAAUUUUGAUGCGCCGACGUGAUGCCUUCCCCGCGGUUGGGAUUGCCGAUGACCGAUAUUAACCUUCAUGGACAUCUUUUGGGUUCGACGUUCGUUCCCCAGCACUCCGGGUUCCUCAGCUUGACCCUGUGACUUGGAACUCUCAGCCACUGGCAUGACCGACAAACAUGGGCGCCUACGUCUCCAGCGCUAACUGUGCGGCGCAUUAUGGGCUCACUCCCAACUGUAGCGUGAUUCUCUCAGAGGACAAUACGACGGCCGUCUCCCUCGGAGGUAUCGAGAUGGGAGAAUUCCCUGGGGACCCCGAUAUUGCUGGCGCCGGUGUCCUUGGGGCGUUUCUCUGCGUUACCGUGGCGUCGCUCCUACUAUCCAUCGCUAGCUCAGCAUGGUGGUCAGCCAAAAACAUCUUUGGAGUUGUGAACCGGCUUACCAGAGAAGAGAAGGCCCUGAGGAACUGGCAAAUCUCCAUUGCCGGCAUCGCCGAGGCCCUCGUCGUUACUUGCAGCGACCAGCAGGUCUUCACCGGCGGCGCCUACGCCAUCACCCUGCGCUACGCCAAAGCCUGCUCCAUCUCGGCAUACCAUUACAACAUCGUAGCCAACAUCCUCCUCGUCACCUGCGCCACCCAUCUAAUGGCCGUGACCGUCGCCCGGCACUACUGGCAGCACCCCUACGUCGGCGUCCUCCGAAUUACAGUCACGACCCUCGUUUUUGUCAUCACUGGCGUCCUGUUAUCGAACCAAGGGUCAGGGUCAUUGGGAUUUCCUACCGAAAUACCGUCACACACGGACCAGUACAGCCCGAUGCUGCUGCCGGCCGCCUGCUUUCAGACUGGGGAUUUUACGUUUGAUCAGGAGAUCAAGAAGGCGGUCAAGGCCGGCUCAGCCACGGCCUUCUUCACGGGGCAGAUCCACGGGUGGACCAACUACCUGAUAAUGUUUCUGUUUUACCUCGUUGCCGUGGGGGUGAGCUUGGGACGGGUCAUCCGCCGUGGGAUGGGCCGUAACGGCAGGAGGAAGAGGUUCGUUGCGGGGUUGAAGAAGGUGUUUCCGUUCCUCUUCCGAAUAAAGCGGUUCUUUUAUGCCAUCUUUGGGCUCUACCUAUUGGCGGGAAUCGCCCUUUCUGGUUGGACGGUGGCAAAUGCGGCGGUCUACGUCCUUCGCCUACGCUGGUGGGUGGAUAGGUCUGGAUGGAUCCAACUAAGCAACAACGGCAACCCGGAAAACGACCCUUCCACUUUUGGCCAGCUCGUCCCGGUCCUGCUGAUGUCUCUCACAGUUUUUACCUUUCUCCAGAUCGUCAGCGAGAGGAUCCACGCUCGCAAACGACGCGCCAAAUGUCUCGAGAACGCCUCCCGUUGCCACAACACAUGCAACCACCGGCGCGACUCCGAUCCCAACUCGCACUCGCAAUCCCGCUCGCCCUCCCCCUCCACCCGCACACGCUACUCCACCAUCUCUACCGUCGACGCCUGUUCCAUGCACGAACGUGACGGUAGCAACGGGGAGGGUAGACAUGAUGAGCUGUACGACUACCCAUACAACGACAAGCACAAAGCUGAGCCGGUGGUUGGGAUUAGGCAGGUGGAAGGGGAGGAGCCGGAGCCGGUAAAUAUCGAUAUCGAUGAUGGACCGAAUCAUGGACAUGACCAUCCCCCGACGUACACGCACACGUAUGAUGGGCACGGGUUUGGCGCGAUUGAGAGGUCUAGUGUUGAUAUCGGCAUCAGCGGGGAUCAAAGGAGGUGGACCACGGGCCGGGCCCAUGGGGGUAGAAGCGGUGUCGGGAGUGCCGGCAGCAACGACAGACCGGCAUCAAUCAUAUAGUACCGUUAAUAGCUUCCUUACGAACAAUAAAGGAGAUAAAUAGCCCCUAGGCGGC